CUUGACAAUAAAGCAAAUGGAACCAAAUGAAAACAUAGUCAUAGUAGGUGGCGGUAUAGCAGGGCUUUCUGUGGCAUUAGCUCUUCACAGGUUAGGGUUAAAGAGUAUAGUGUUGGAAUCAUCAGAUAGUUUAAGAGUAAGUGGUACAGCGUUUGUUACAUGGCCUAAUGCGUGGAAGGCACUUGAUGCUCUUGGCGUAGGUCACCUGCUUCGUCCACAAUAUUCUCGACUUUUCAGGAUUGUAACAUUAGAUACAGAAUCAGGUAUUCCAACUGCAGAACUUUUAUAUAGAGAACAUGAAGUAAGAUGUCUUAAAAGAAGGUUCUUAUUAGAAACUCUAGCAAAGGAGUUACCAGAAGGUACGAUAAGGUUCUCUUCUAAGGUGGUUAGCAUUCAAAAAUCAGGCUAUUUGAAAGAGCUCAUCCUCAUUGAUGGUUCAAUCCUAAAGACCAAGGUUUUAAUUGGAUGUGAUGGAGUAAACUCAAUAGUAGCAAAAUGGCUUACAUUCAAUCCGCCGUCAUUCACGAAGAGAUCGUCCAUAAGAGGUUACGUUGAUUUGAAGGAAGGUCAUGGUCUAAACCCUGAAUUUUUGCAGUUCACUGGUCAUGGUUUUCGAUAUGGAAUCGUUCCUUGUGAUGAUACCAGCAUUUACUGGUUUUUCAUGCUGUCUCCUUUUUACAAUAAAGAUGAAGAAAUAAAGAAAUACCCCAAGAAGAUGAAACAAUUUGUGCUAAGCAAUUUGGGACAAGUCAAAGACAAUAUAAAAUCCAUUAUAGAAAAGACAGCAGAGGAAGACAUUAUUUGUUCUCCCCUAACAUUCAGGCCUCCAUGGGAGUUAAUAUAUGGUAAUAUAACCAAACACAAUGUAUGUGUUGCUGGUGAUGCGUUUCAUCCAAUGACUCCAGACAUCGGCCAAGGUGCUUGUUCGAGUCUCGAAGACGCCAUUGUUCUUUCAAGAUGCCUUGCUCAAGCAUUUUCAAUGAGUGCACCAAAACAAGAACACUUGCAUGAAAACAUUGGAACGUGCUUGAAGAUGUAUGCUAAAGAUAGGAAAUGGAGAUGUAUUGAUCUUAUUAGUGUUGCUUAUGUUGUGGGUUUUGUGCAGCAAACUGAGGGCAAAGUAUGGAAUUUUUUGAGGGAUAAAUUGUUGGCUCCUUUUUUGGCUAAUUUGAUGUUGAAUAAGUCUGAUUUUGAUUGUGGACUUCUAAGGAUUUCAUGAUAUGAAUAUUGUCACUUUGCUUUUAGGAUGUAUCUCUAUUCUCAUGUAUAGCAUGCUUACUCUUUACUAUUCAGUGUGUUUAUUA